AUGCAAUUCGUAGCCGAAAAGCAAAAUGGUUUUAGGUCUUUGUUCAAGUUUUUAUGUGAUAUGUGUAACUGUCAAUUAAUUGUUUAUUCGGAAGAAAAGGUUUCUCCUUCAUGCAUUCCAAUAAAUGAAGCAAUUGUUAGUGGUAGAGUUGCAGCUGGUAUUGGAUAUACACAGCUAUCGGAAUUAUCAGCAUCAAUAGAUAUUCCUUGUAUGUCAAACACCACAUACAGCUUAGUUCUCUCCAAAAUGGGUGAUACAAUACACAAUGCUGCAUUACAAGAGAUGAAACUCGCAGGAGAGGAGGAAAGGAAAUAUGCUCUUGAAACAAACUGUGUUGAUGAUGACGGUGGUCGCUAA